AUGAAUAAGUGGUUAAACGUAUUAUCUUUACCAAUUACUUUUCGGUUUUUGAGUUCUCACCAUAGGCAAUCAUUACCACUUUUUCAGAACUUUCUUUUAAAGAAAUCGUUAACCCAUAAUCAAGUCAGAUUCUUUAAAAUGAGCGAUCUUGAUAAUUUGCCUCAAGUUGACCCAAAAACUGGUGAGGUCAUCAUUAAUCCAUUAAAGGAAGAUGGCUCUCCAAAGACUUCUAAGGAAGUCGAAAAAGAGAAGAAAAAAGCUGAAAAACUGCUUAAGUUUGCUGCUAAGCAGGCCAAAAAAAAUGCUGCUUCUACCACUGGUGCCUCCCAAAAAAAACCUAAGAAGAAGAAGGAAGUUGAGCCAAUCCCAGAGUUUGUUGACAAAACUAAUCCAGGUGAGAAGAAGAUUUUAGUUUCCCUGGAUGAUCCAGCCUUAAAAGCUUAUAACCCAGCCAACGUCGAAAGUUCUUGGUACGAUUGGUGGGUUAAAACUGGUGUUUUUGAACCUGAAUUUACCGCUGAUGGUAAGAAUAAACCAGAAGGUGUAUUCUGUAUUCCAGCGCCCCCCCCAAAUGUCACCGGUGCCUUACAUAUUGGUCAUGCUUUGACUAUUGCCAUCCAAGAUUCUUUGAUUAGAUACAACAGAAUGAAGGGUAAAACUGUUUUGUUCUUGCCAGGUUUUGAUCAUGCUGGCAUUGCUACUCAAUCUGUCGUUGAAAAGCAGAUUUGGGCCAAGGAAAAGAAGACUAGACACGACUAUGGUAGAGAAGCCUUUGUUGGGAAGGUCUGGGAAUGGAAAGAGGAAUAUCAUAGCAGAAUUAAGAAUCAAAUUCAAAAAUUGGGGGCUUCUUAUGACUGGAGCCGCGAAGCUUUUACUUUAAGUCCAGAAUUGACAAAGUCGGUCGAAGAAGCUUUUGUCAGAUUGCAUGAUGAAGGUGUUAUUUAUCGUGCUUCCAGAUUAGUCAACUGGUCUGUUAAGUUGAAUACCGCCAUCUCCAAUUUGGAGGUUGAAAACAAGGAUAUUAAAAGUAGAGCUCUUUUGUCCGUCCCAGGCUACGACGAAAAGGUCGAAUUUGGUGUUUUGACUUCUUUUGCUUAUCCAGUCAUCGAUUCUGAUGAGAAAUUAAUUAUUGCUACUACUAGACCCGAAACUAUAUUCGGUGAUACUGCAGUUGCAGUUCAUCCUGAUGAUGACCGUUAUAAACACUUGCAUGGCAAGUUUAUUCAACAUCCAUUCUUGCCAAGAAAAAUUCCAAUUAUCACUGAUAAGGAUGCCGUUGAUAUGGAAUUCGGUACCGGUGCCGUUAAAAUUACUCCGGCUCACGACCAAAAUGAUUACAACACUGGUAAGCGCCACCAGUUAGAAUUUAUCAAUAUUUUGACUGACGAUGGUUUAUUGAAUGAAGAGUGUGGACCAGAAUGGCAGGGCAUGAAAAGAUUCGAUGCAAGAAAAAGGGUUAUCGAACAGUUAAAGGAAAAGAACCUAUACGUUGGCCAAGAAGAUAACGAGAUGACUAUCCCGACCUGUUCUAGGUCAGGUGAUAUUAUUGAACCUUUAUUAAAACCUCAAUGGUGGGUUUCUCAAGGUGAAAUGGCCAAGGAGGCUAUCAAAGUUGUCAAGGAUGGCCAAAUCACCAUCACUCCUAAGUCGUCUGAGGCUGAAUAUUUCCAUUGGUUGGGUAACAUUCAAGAUUGGUGUAUUUCCAGACAAUUAUGGUGGGGUCACCGUUGUCCAGUUUACUUCAUUGAUAUCGAAGGGGAAGAACACGAUAGAAUUGAUGGUGAAUAUUGGGUUGCUGGUAAAACUUUGGAAGAAGCCCAGAAAAAGGCUGUUGCCAAGUUCCCAAAUGCCAAAUUCACUUUGGAACAGGAUGAAGAUGUUUUAGACACCUGGUUCUCAUCUGGUUUAUGGCCAUUUUCCACUCUGGGCUGGCCAGAAAAGACAAAGGACAUGGAAACUUUCUAUCCAUUCUCUAUGUUGGAAACUGGUUGGGACAUUUUGUUCUUCUGGGUUACUAGAAUGAUCCUACUGGGUUUAAAGUUGACUGGUUCCGUUCCAUUCAAGGAAGUUUUCUGUCACUCUUUAGUUCGUGAUGCGCAAGGUCGUAAGAUGUCCAAAUCGUUAGGUAAUGUCGUUGACCCAUUAGACGUUAUUGCUGGUAUUAAGUUGGACGACCUACACGCUAAACUAUCGCAAGGUAACCUGGAUCCAAGAGAAAUUGAAAAAGCAAAAGCUGGACAAAGGGAAUCCUAUCCUAACGGUAUUCCUCAAUGUGGUACUGAUGCUAUGAGAUUCGCCCUGUGCGCCUAUACCACUGGUGGCCGUGAUAUCAACUUGGAUAUAUUGCGUGUUGAAGGUUACAGAAAGUUUUGUAACAAGAUUUACCAAGCUACUAAGUUUGCAUUGAUGAGAUUGGGUGAUGAUUAUCAACCAUCUGCCACUGAAGGUCUAUCGGGUAAUGAAUCUCUGGUUGAAAAGUGGAUCUUGCACAAGCUAACUGAAACUUCCAAGAUCGUAAACGAAGCCUUAGAUAAGCGUGACUUCUUGACAUCUACCAGCGCUAUUUAUGAAUUUUGGUAUUUGAUUUGUGACGUCUACAUUGAAAACUCCAAGUACUUGAUUCAGGAAGGCUCUAACGUUGAGAAAAAAUCAGCCAAAGAUACUCUGUAUAUUCUAUUAGACAACGCUUUGAGGUUGAUUCAUCCAUUUAUGCCAUUCAUUUCUGAGGAAAUGUGGCAAAGAAUUCCAAAGCGUUCCACUGAAAAGGCUGCCUCCAUUGUCAAGGCCGCUUAUCCAGUUUACAAAUCCGAAUAUGAUGACGAUAAGUCUGCCAAUGCUUACGACUUAAUCUUGAACAUCACUAAGGAGGCUCGUUCUCUAUUAUCUGAAUACAAUAUCUUGAAGAACGGAAAAGUGUUUGUCGAAUCUAAUCACGAAGAAUACUAUAAAACUGCUAAUGAUCAGAAGGAUUCUAUUGUUUCUUUGAUCAAGGCCAUUGAUGAAGUCGCCCUUGCCCGGGACGCCUCUGAAAUUCCAGAAGGGUGUGUGUUGAAGUCUGUUAAUCCAGAAGUUAAUGUGCAUCUGUUGGUCAAGGGUCACGUUGACAUCGAUGCUGAAAUUUCUAAGGUCCAAAAGAAGCUUGAAAAGGCUAACAAGUCCAAGAAUGGUAUCGAACAAACCAUUAAUAGUAAGGAUUAUGAAAGCAAGGCUAAUGAACAAGCCAAGGAGGCCAACAAAACUAAGUUGGAUAACACUGUUGCUGAAAUUGAAGGUUUGGAAGCCACUAUUGAAAACCUGAAACGUUUAAAACUGUAG